AUGGAUCCGAAAACCCCAGCGAAAACCAAAGUUUUCGAUGAUUCUUCUUCGAUCUCCAAGGUCAGGGUCGUCCUUAGGGUUCGUCCUUUUCUUCCUCGGGAGAUUUCCGACGAGAAUGGCGACAGACGAUCCUGUGUUUCGGUAAUCGGCGGCGAUAACAGAGAUGUUAGCGAAGUUGCAGUUUACCUCAAAGAUCCAGAUACCUGUCGAAACGAAAGCUAUAAGCUGGAUGCGUUUUACGGGAGAGAAGAUGAUAAUGUGAAGCAGAUAUUCGCCAGAGAAGUAAACCCUUUGAUUCCUGGGAUUUUUCAAGGUUUUAACGCCACUGUGCUCGCUUAUGGAGCCACCGGAAGCGGAAAGACAUUUACGAUGCAGGGAACUGAUGAGCUACCAGGUCUGAUGCCAUUGACCAUGUCCACCAUUCUGUCUACGUGCGAGAAGACAGGAAGUAAAGCAGAGAUUUCGUAUUACGAAGUUUACAUGGACAGAUGUUGGGAUCUUCUUGAAGUUAAGGCUAGCGAGAUUGCUAUUUGGGAUGAUAAAGAUGGACAAGUUCAUCUUAAGGGACUCUCCAGUGUCCCAGUUAACUCCAUGUACGAGUUUAUCGAGGCGUACUCAUGUGGCGUUCAGCGGAGAAAAGUUGCACACACUGGUUUAAAUGAUGUCUCUAGUAGAAGCCAUGGAGUGCUUGUGAUCUCAGUAAUCUCAGAAGGGGUUCUCACUGGAAAAAUCAAUCUGAUUGAUCUGGCAGGUAAUGAAGACAAUAGAAGGACAGGAAAUGAAGGAAUCCGUCUACAAGAGAGUUCCAAGAUUAAUCAGUCAUUAUUUGCAUUGUCAAAUGUGGUUUAUGCACUGAAUAAUAACCUUCCGAGAGUGCCUUACAGGGAAAGCAAAUUGACUAGAAUACUGCAGGAUUCACUUGGAGGAACAAGUAGGGCUCUCAUGGUCGCAUGUCUGAAUCCUGGAGAAUACCAAGAAUCGCUUCGCACUGUUAGUUUGGCUGCAAGGUCAAGGCACAUCUCAAACAAUAUUUCUUUGAAUCCCAAGGUGGAGACUCCCAAGGUUAAAGUAGAUAUGGAAGCAAAACUACAAGCUUGGCUUGAAUCAAAAGGCAAGACGAAGAGCACGCAUAGAAUGAUGGCAAUACGUUCUCCACUGUUUGGUACACAUCAAACUUCAAUAUCUCAAAGCACGGUCAAGAAAAUCGGCUGUCGUAGAUCAGCCAUUGCAGAAAGUGCUAAACUUGCUGGCACAGGACAGAGGGAUGCAUUUGUAACCGCAAGGAACUUAUUUGGUGGCGAAACUCCUGCUGCUUCACAUUUAUUGGAACCAAUACGGAAUCUGCACUUAGCUUCUCCAACCAAAGAAGAUGAAAAAGAUACAUCUAGCGAAGAGAGUCUGUUGGUAUCAGAAGCAAGCUUGAGAGAUAUCCAAUUGGGGCUCGAGAAGAAGUGCACAGAACUGAGUCCUCUUCGAGAAGCUCUUUCUCCAAUAGACUCAAAUGCAAAACCAAACUCAGGAAAUGGAUGCUCUCCUUUUCUCAAGCCAAUGACCCCAAAAACACCUUUCCGUUAUGCAAACACUGAGAAUAUGCAGAUGAGUGGCACUUGCCAGAAGUUCAAUGCUUGGAGCACUAAUUUAAAGACCUCUCUCAUAAAAGAGUACAUUCACUUCUUGAACACAGCCAACAGAGAGGAGCUAAUGGAGUUAAAGGGAAUUGGACAGAAAAUGGCUGAGUACAUUAUUGAACUCCGAGAAACAAGCCGUCUAAAAUCGCUUACUGACUUAGAGAAGAUCGGUUUCACCUCAAGACAAGUACAUAACUUAUUCAAAAAAGCCACUGAAGGAAUUCUUGAGAAGCCAGUAUCUUCUUCAACAACAACGCCUUAG